AUGGACUCCACCAAACCUUGCCUUCAUUUUGACAUCCAUAAACCCACACUUGGCCGGCAUUAUGAUAUUCAAGACUCUGAGCGGAACAUCAAAGCAUACACUGCAGAGAUAUCAGUGUUUUCAGUUGGAAAGCCGGACCUCACUCUUAUCCAAGGCUCAAGCAGGAACUCCGGCUCGAUGGUGGCAGCCGCCCAUUUCAAAAAAAUCGGCCGCACUAUAAGAAUUGGUUUGGGAAAUACGGACGAUGCGCCUGGGCAAGUGCGCUGGGAGGAGAUGAAGGCUGAAAGCGCUAUGAAGAUCUGCCAUGUCUGGGCUCUGACAUUGACCGACGGCAGUAGGAGAACGUUCGCAUGGAAGAAAACAUCAAACUAUCGUGCCGACGGAGCGCGUGGCGGUAUCUUCAGCACCAGCUACAAGCUUGUUGAUAUGACAGGAGGUGGUGGCAAUGUUGUUGCUACCUGGGACCAGAUUUCAGGGUGA